GAUCGUAUAGAACAUACCCUUCCUGUUGAAGUAAUUAAGUCGGUCUCAAAGCUUCAUAUUUUCCCUAUAUCUACCAUUACUCAUAGCAACUACUGUUCAAUUCAAAUAACUGAACAUUUAAGUAGUAUAUCAUUCUCAAUUCUCCCAGCUAUGGCUCUUUUACAGAAAGUAACCACAACAACUUCCCGCCCUGCUUUAAUCUCUUCCUUGAGGUCACUUUCUUCAAGUACACCGGCAGCAGCCGGAACUUCACAGGCCCCGGCAACGAAACCGUCAACAUCGCCGGCGCUACCUAAAGCAGCGGAAUAUGUGAUUUCUAAGGUAGAUGAUCUUAUGAAUUGGGCCCGACGUGGCUCCCUCUGGCCUAUGACUUUCGGGCUGGCUUGUUGUGCUGUUGAGAUGAUGCAUACUGGUGCGGCUAGGUAUGAUUUGGAUCGUUUUGGUGUUAUUUUCCGGCCCAGCCCGAGACAAUCUGAUUGUAUGAUUGUUGCUGGUACUCUUACCAAUAAGAUGGCUCCUGCCUUACGAAGGGUAUAUGAUCAGAUGCCAGAACCGAGGUGGGUGAUAUCGAUGGGGAGCUGUGCGAAUGGAGGUGGUUAUUACCACUACUCAUACUCAGUGGUGAGGGGUUGUGAUAGGAUUGUUCCUGUUGAUAUUUAUGUACCUGGUUGUCCUCCCACAGCCGAGGCCUUGCUCUAUGGCAUUUUGCAGCUUCAGAAGAAAAUUAACCGCCGCAAAGAUUUGCUUCAUUGGUGGAGCAACUGAGAUUGAUGAUCGAUCUCAGCCCUCUCAUCAGUUAGGAAUUAGGAAGGAAAAAGUUCGGAAUUAGGGUACUUCAGAGUUUUGGGUGGUGGUUUUUGAUGUUUGUAUCUUACAAAUGUUAUGUACUCUGAGCUGUGUAUGCCAUAGUGCGAAGCAGAGGAACAAUAUAGCCAUAGUUCUAGGCUUCUAGCACAAUCUGUUUUAUCAUGUGUAAACUAGAAAAUAGUGGUGCCAGCUGCGAUGUGAUAUAUUAUGUAGUAUCUAUAAAG